ACACUUCCUGAAAGCGACACAGCAAAACGCCUUUCGCGAUCGAUAUUCGUCGGAUAUUCGCCUGCAUGGGCAAAAUGAACGUUUUCUGAUAGUAUAACAGAGAUAGAGAGGGUUGCUAAAAGUUUAAGAAAGACAUAGUGAUAAAAAAAGAUCCCUCCUUCGGGAAUUGCUUGUGUCACACUCGUUUCCAAACAAACGAAACUGAAGCGUUCAUGCAUGGUGUCAUUUUAAUGGAAAAAUGGCAGAUAAAGCUUCACUCGAUCGGGAAUCUCUCAGAUGCUCCAUUUGUCUGGAUCUCUUCAGAAACCCGGCGAUUAUUCCCUGUGGACACAGUUUCUGCUCGGACUGCAUCGCAGGUGUGUGGGAUCGGGAUCGGGAUGUGUGCAGAUGCCCUCAAUGCAAACACACGUUUAACCGCAGACCUGUUCCCAUUGACUGGCUCCACGUGAACGAACUUUCCGAGAAGCUGAUGAAGAUGAGAAGCAAGCAGGCUGAGGAUGACGAAGAUGUGAGCUGUGACUCCUGCACCUCGAGAACGAGCAAAGCCGUCAGAUCCUGCCUCACCUGUCUCGCCUCUUACUGUGAGUCUCACCUGGAGAAACACAACGAUCUGCACGGCUGGAGGAAACACCAGCUGACGGACUCAGCCACGGAUCUCCACGGCAAAACCUGCUCUCAGCACGGCAAACUCAUCGAUGUUUUCUGUCGCACUGAUCAGCAGUGUGUCUGUCUGCUGUGUGCGAUGCAUGAACACAAGAGUCACGACACCAUCUCAGCGUCUGACGAAAGAGCAGACAGACAGAGGAAGUUAAUGGAAACGCGUGUGAAGUUUCUGCAGAACAUCCAAGAUGGAGAGAAGGAUUUUAAAGAGCUGACGCAGGCGGAGGAGUUGAUCCGACGUUCAGCGCAGACAGCAGUCGCAGAAAGUGAGCGAGUCUUCAGCGAGGUGGUGUCCGGCGUUCAGGAAACAUGCUGUCGUGUGAAGGAACUGAUCGCAGAUCAACAGAGAGCUGAACUCAGUCACAUUGAAGGACUUCAGGAGAGAGUCCAACAGAAGAUCGCUGGCAUGAAGAGGAAGGUGUCUGAUCUUGAUCAGCUCAUGACCUCUGGAGAUCACAUUCAUUUCCUGCAGAAUUGCCCAUCUGACUGUGAAGAAUCCUCGUCUGAAGAAUUUGAAGAUCUUUCCAGCGUUUCUGAACAUCCAGAUGCUUUUUAUCACAACGUGAGGAUGCUGGUUUCUAAAAUGCAAGAGCGUUUGAUGGAUGUCACCAAAACGACAGAGAUCGAGAUCAAGUUCAAGUCUCUAAAAGUUUUGCCUCCUGUUGGAGGAACUGUAAAACUGUCUUCAACUCCAGCGUUUGGUAAAAAAGACGAGCGGCGGUAUUGUGAUAUCAGCCUGGUGAAGAACGAAGACACAUCUAAUGUCUGUAAUCCGCUUUCAACUGUUCAGAAGGAAAUCUUCCGUUUUGGGGAGCCAGAAUUUAACUUCAGUUUUCAGCAUUUUCCCUCUAAACCAUAUGAGCCAUAUACGAGCCAAAUAUAUGAGCCAGCUGUACCAUUACCGGAUCUUAUUGACAUCUCGACUGGAGAGGAAAAUGAGCGCGUAGUUUUCAGUCACAGAGCCAAACUGUUCCGCUUCGACAGAGAAUCGAUCGAGUGGAAGGAAAGAGGCGUUGGCGAAAUUAAAAUACUUCAAAAUGAUAAACCCAGAAGUGCAAGACUCGUGAUGAGGAGAGAGCGGGUUCUGAAAUUAUGUGCAAACCACUGGAUUGCCUCAAAUAUGAAGCUCGAGCCAGUGAAAUCGAGCGGGAAAGCGUGGACGUGGAAUGCGCUGGACUUUGCUGACGGAGACGGCGUGGAUCAGACGUUAGCGGUGCGGUUUAAACUGCAGGAGUCGGCCGAUGCCUUCAGGGAAAUCUUUGAGGAAGCAGUGGCCGCCGCAUCCAGGGUAUCAGAAACAGAAGAAGAUCGUGAGGAGGCAGUCAAACCUUUAAAAGGAGAGUUGUGUCCUGGUCUGUCCGUGCGAGGAGAUUCCUCCGCUGGUCAUGAUGCAAAUCUUCCCGGGGAAAAUGCUGGAGAUGCAACAGAGAUGCAAAGCAAAAAGAGUGAUGAUGAGGAUGAUGAUGAUGAUGAUGAGGAAGAUGAGGAGGAUGAUGAGGAGGAGGAGGAGGAUGAUGAUGAAGCACCUACACAUGUGGAGCUUCCAUCGGUCGAGGAGGACGAAGAGGAGAUGUUGUUGAAGGAGAAGGUCAAACUUUACCACUGGGACUGUGAUAUUAACAAGUGGAAAGCCUGUGGUGAAGGAGACAUUGAGAUCCUUUUCCAUCCCUCGAGGAAGAUCUACCGCUUAUUUAUGAGGCGAGAAGGGGAUAAAAAGGUGUGUGUGAACCACUGCAUCACCAGAGCCAUUCACCCGAAACCAUUGAGCACUUCUGCAAACACAGUGACGUGGACCGCUGCUGACUCUUCAGAGGGAGAUGCUGUAUUACGGAGGUUUACUGCCAAGUUUAAGAUGCCGGAACUGGCUGUUUCUUUCACAAAAACUUUAACAGACUGUAAAAGUCACAUGUGAGAGUUCACGCAAACUUUGCAAAAGUAAAGCUGCCUUUCCUAUCUAAUAACCUAGCUCAGAGGUCACCCUGAACGAGAAUGUUAGAACAAUGAUGUCAUGUCACAUUGACUUGAUCAAGCCAUUCAAACGAUGUAAAUAUAUAUUUUUCACAGUUUGAAUAAGUAUUGAGGGAAAUAAUACUUCUAUUUGAAAAAAAAAACUUGUUUAAAUAAUUUGCACUGUGACAAAGUUAUUUUUGCUCCACAUAUGUAAAGGUCUUUGGUUUUUGUCUGGAGAAAAUAGAUGAUGUAGUCUUUGAAUAAACACGAUUUGUGUAAACACAUUUA